AUGUUGAUCGAAGACGCUAAGCGCUUGGAGAAAAUCGACAGGCUAUACGAAUUGCGCUUGGAUCAGUAUAUCUCACUGCCCGUGCUCGCUGUCGUUGGCGACCAGUCGAGUGGCAAGAGCUCUGUUCUCGAGGGCCUCACGGGCCUACCAUUGCCUCGAGACUCUGGCCUAUGCACUCGAUUCCCCACCCAGAUUGUCUUCAAACGAUCGCAGGCGAGGCGUAUCGAAGUCAGCAUCAUCCCCUCGUCGGAGCCUGGUGAGCGAAAGAAAGUGAGGAUCCAUGAUUUUUCACGUCGGUACAGCCAAGAUGGCGAUGCGUUUGAUCCUCGGGACUUCGUCGCUGUUCUGAAAGAGGCUGCCGAGAUUAUGGAAGUCCCAUCCGCAGGGCAAUCCCCAGAGGACUCGUCGCAUUCUUUCUCAAAUGACAUCUUGAAGAUCGAAAUGGCAGGCCCUCAGCAUGAACACUUUAGCGUGAUCGACCUACCCGGACUUUUUAGAAAGCCAACCCCGGGCCAAACCACAAAAGAAGAUAUGGUCCUUGUGAAACAAAUGGUUGCUUCCUACCUCAACAACGCAAGAGCCAUAAUAUUAGCUGUGGUACCGGCAAACGUGGACUUGGCCACACAGGAGAUUAUCCAGAUGGCCGAGGACGCCGACCCCGAACGGACAAGAACACUCGGCGUGUUGACGAAACCCGACCUCGUCGACCGCGGUGCCGAAUCGGCGAUCAUCGAUCUGGUGAAAGCAGAUGGUAACGUUCGUGGCCUCGGGUACACUUUGGUGUGUAAUAGAAGUCAGAGCAAUCUCGGAGCAUCUACGACGGAGCGUGACCAGAAUGAGAUUGACUUCUUCAAUGCGGGUCUUUGGAGCACCCUCCCUAAAGAUAGGGUGGGCAUCGCUGCUCUGAAGCAGAGGCUGAACGCUCUGCUUGUGGGGGUGACCCGUAACACCUUUGCAGAUGUUAUGCUUGAUCUAGAAAAUCGCAUCGAUAAGGUCCAGCAGGAACUCGACUCCAUCGGGUCACCACGCACCAGCCCGGCCGAUCAAAGGCUGUUCUUACUUCAAAUCUCGACAGUUUUCCAGUCCCUAGCAACAAAAGCUAUCGACGGCUACUACGGGCGAGACCUAUGUUUCGAACGAUGUGAAACUUUGCGGCUUGCUACAGUUGUCAUGGUAGAAAAUGAACGGUUUUCUCAAAACAUGUUCCGCCAUGGGUCACGACGCCGAUUUUCCUCAGAUGAGGACUCCACAUCAGAUGAUGAGCCAGUGGAAAAUGACGGCAAUAAACCACCCACCGACUCAGAGAAUGCUGUGAACGAGACGUUCGAGGAGCAACACAAAGAGUAUCCCGAGCUGAGGACCCUGAAACCCGUAUUGGCGAAGAUGCAGCACCCAAAAGAGGAGUCUGUGCAAGAGUGGAUUACUCGGGCGUAUCGCAACUUCAAAGGAUUCGAAAUUGGCACGACAAACCCAUCGUUGCUGCCUUCUCUGAUCCGGGAGCAGACGAGUUCUUGGCACUAUCACGCUGGUUCGCAUACGUACAAUGUCAUUGUACGGAUACAUUCCUUCCUCCAAAGCUUGUUGCACCUUGUGUGUUCCGAUACCAGCGUGUGCGACCGGAUCUGGGUUAGGAUCGCACCGACGUUGAAAGCGGCUUACAAGACCGCCAUGGAUCACGUCUCUUUCCUCGUCAAUGUGGAGUCGUCCGGCUUUCCUGUGACACUGAACCACUAUUUCGUCGAUAAUCUGAAGAAGCAGCGCCUGUCCCGGAUUGAGAAGCGUCUGGGUAAAUUGAAAUCCUGGCAUACGAAUGACGAAUCGAAGGAGCCCCUGAUCCGACUUGCCGACACUGUGCAGAGUUAUGUCAACAACGAACAGCACAGCAUUGAGGACCUGCACGACAUCCUCAAGUCGUAUCACAAGGUUGCUCGCAAAAGGUUUGUAGAUGCCGUCUGCAAGCAAGUGGUGGAUCACCAUCUGAUAUGCUCCCCGGAGGGACCACUAUGGGCACUCUCGCCUCAGUUUAUCGCACGACUUAAUGAGGAUGAACUCCAUCAUUUGGCGGGGGAAGAUGAAGCAACUCUAAUCCGGAGGAAAAAUUUGAAAAUCGAGCUCGAGAGUUUGUUGGAGGGCCAGGAUAUCAUACAAUUCUGACCGGUUGGGCACAAAGUGGCUAUUCGCAUUGCAGGAGCCUCAGAACGCACCAACGACUAAGAUUUUUCUGUUACUAUAGCGUCAAUGCCAGAAAGUUGCAAUGUGUCCGUAGAUGAUGGUCACUUCCGGGAACGACUACAUGAUACCUGACCACAGAGACUUGCCAAACC